AAAGAAGAAGAAGAUUUCAGACCGGCCAGAGUGGUGAGACCGGCCAAUCAGAUUCCCUUAAGAAAAAAAGAAAAAAACACCCACUUCCCCGAAUGAGGAAGUUUCUUGAGAGACGGAGUCAGCCUGCAGAUUGGGGGUCAUUUAGACCAAACCAUGUUUUUUCUUCAUCCUGUAAAAGGGAGAGUAAAAACUAACCGGACGUAUUAAGAUAUUCACAGAAGAAAAUGGCUUCUAAACUUGAAGAGGAGCUUUGCUGUCCCGUGUGCUGUGACAUCUACAAGGAUCCCGUCAUUUUGACCUGCUCUCACAGUGUGUGUAAAGCCUGUCUGCAGCAGUUCUGGGAGAGCAAAGGACACAGAGAAUGUCCCUACUGCAGGAGGAAGUGCUCUAAAGACUGGCAUCCUCCUAACAUGGCGUUGAGGAACCUGUGUGAGGUUUUCUUACAGGAGAAAAGUCUGAGUGCUUCAGGGUCUGAGGUGCUCUGCAGUCUGCACAGUGAGAAACUCAAGCUCUUCUGUGUGGAUGAUAAACAGCCUGUGUGUGUGGUGUGCAGAGACUCAAGAAAACACAGCAACCACAAGUUCCAACCUUUGGAUGAGGCAGCAGCUGACUUAAAGGAGCUGCUGAGGAUUAAACUAGAGUGCUUACAGAAGAAGCUGAAGGUCUUUGAAGAAGCACAUCUUACCUGUGAUGAAACAGCUAAACACGUGAAGACUCAAGCCCAGCACACAGAGGAUCAGAUCAAGGAGGAGUUUGAGAAGCUUCACCAGUUUCUACGAGAUGAAGAGGCAGCCAGGAUAGCUGCACUGAGGGAGGAAGAGGAGCAGAAGAGUCAGAUGAUGAAGGAAAGUGAGAAGAUGAUCUCAUCUCUUUCAGACACAAUCAGAGCCAUAGAAAAGGAGAUGGGAGCAGAUGAUGUCACAUUCCUGCAGAACUACAGGAGCACAGUGGAAAGAGCCCAGUGCACACUGCAGGAUCCAGAGAGGGUUUCAGGAGCUCUGAUCAACGUGGAGAAACACCUGGACAACCUGAAGGUCAAGGUCUGGAAGAAAAUGAUUGCUCCUGUGACUCUGGAUCCCAACACUGCACACCCACGGCUCAUCCUGUCUGAGGAUCUGACCAGCGUGAGAGUUGUUAAAAAUAACCCAGAGAGGUUUGAUGAGUAUCGCAGUGUCCUGGGCUCUGAGGGCUUUAACUCAGGGACUCACUGCUGGGAUGUGGAGGUUGGGGAGAACACAUGGUGGAGUGUGGGUGUGAUGACCGAGUCUCUCCAGAGGAAAGGAAAUAUUAGAUCCAAGAGUGGACGGUGGAUCAUGUGGUACAAUAGUGUUGUGUAUGGAGUACGUGCUCCUCCCAAUGCUGACAUUCCCCUCAAAGUGCAGCAGAAACCCCAGAGGAUCAGAGUGCAGCUGGACUGGGACAGAGGAAAGGUGUCAUUCUCUGACCCUGAUAAUAACACACACCUACACACUUUCACACACACUUUCACUGAGAGAGUGUUUCCGUACCUCAGUACUGUUUGUGAUCUCUGUCCUCUGAGGAUCCUACCAGUGAGUCCUCAGUAAGAUCAGAGCAGCACUGACGGAGCUGAUGGUGUCUCUGACUGGACUCUCAUGAGGCCAGUAGGUGUGAUUGUGGAGCUGUGCUGAAUAUAACACACUUAAACCAGGAGAUGUAUACUAAUGAUGGGCGAGUACACAAAUAAUGGCCGAGUAUACUAAUGAUGACCGUGAGUCAGAUUUGAACUCUGAAUGUAACACACGUAAACCAGGAGAUGUAUUGAUUCAUUAACACACCGAGCAUACUAUUGAUGGCCGAGUAUAUUAAUGAUGGCAGAGUAUAUUAAUGAUGGCCGAGUACAGUAUAUUAAUGAUGGGUGAGUAUACUAAUGAUGAGUAUACUAAUGAUGGCCUUGGGUCUGGAGAUGUGUUGAUUCAUUAACACACCAAGUAUACUAAUGAUGGCCGAGCAUAAUGAUGACCUAGCAUACUAAUGAUGGCCGAGUAUACUAAUGAUGGCCGAGCAUAAUGAUGACCUAGCAUACUAAUGAUGGCCGAGCAUAAUGAUGAUGGUCGAGUAUACUAAUGAUGGCCGAGUAUACUAAUGAUGGCCGAGCAUAAUGAUGACCUAGCAUACUAAUGAUGGCCGAGUAUACUAAUGAUGGCCGAGCAUGCUAAUGAUGACCGAGCAUACUAAUAAUGGCCGAGUAUACUAAUGAUGGCCGAGCAUGCUAAUGAUGGCCGAGCAUACUAAUGAUGACCGAGUAUACCAAUGAUGGCCAAGUAUACUAAUGAUGAGUAUACUAAUGAUGACCGUGAUUGGAUGCUGAAGGUAAAGAGGGCGGGGCAGAGCAAGAUUGGAGCUGUAGUUUGGCUAACGUAACUUUAACUUUAAUGUACAUGUAAAGUUAUUAAAUUGAUUGAUUACUUAAGCCAGUGGUUCUCAAAGUGGAGUCCAGGGACCCCUUGGGGUCCGUGACCCAUAGCCAAGGGGUUCGCAAAACAAUUUGCUUGAAAUUAUAAAGUUAACAUUUUAAAAUGUUGAUGCCCUUUUCACCCAUAAAACAAGCAAAUUGUGUCUAUUUGGUCCUACCCACAAAAUACCUUGGGAUGGUGGACCCGGCCACAACUUCUGAAAAUAUGAAUGGUUAACUGUUACAGUUAUAAGGGGGUCCUUGUAAAAUGUUAUACCCCAAAAGGGGUACAGAUUGUGUACGUAGUCUCGUGAUCUGGUGUGAUAUUGACACAAAC